GUAAUGGCUGCUGACGAGCUUGCCGAAAAUUCAUUUUUUGGCGACAUUCAUUUUGUUACGCUUGAUGAAAACUCUGGAAAAUUAAUUAUUUGGAUCUUUGACGAUUAUAGUGGAAAGUUUUUCAACAGUGAAACUGCCGAAUUCUUUUUUUGUCCAGUUCCAGCAAAUUUUGAUUUGCCUCAUCCUCGUGAUACCGAUUUCAUUCGGAAUUAAACAUAUUGAGAUAUUAAUCCCUGGCCGAUAUUGUAUAUUUGGAGUUUUACUACUAAGAUUCUUGUCUGUUGCAGGACAGAACAUUUCAUUUCACCUUCACGAUACAUAAUGCCUCGAAACUAUGUUAGGAAAACGUUAAAAGAUCCAAACCAAGAAGCCAAAUUGAGAUUUGCAUUGAAUGAAGUGUUGUCAGGAAGAUGUACGAUCAGACAAGCAGCUGAGAAAACUGGUUUACCAAAAUCAACGAUUGCAUUUUAUUCAAAAAGACAUCAAGCCGGUGGUUUGUUGGCACCAGGCCAAAUUAAACGUCUGGAACAUCCAACUCAAAUAUUAACAGCAUUAAUGGAGACUGAAUUAGCUGACUACCUAAAAGAAUUUUCCAUAAUUAACCAUGGAUUAAGCACAAAAGAAACAAGAGAGAUUGCUUAUUCAUAUUCAGUCGCAAAUAACAUCAAAAUCCCAAUAAGUUGGAUCAAAAACGAGAGAGCCUCUGAAGAUUGGUGCUCUGGUUUCAUCAAACGGAACAAAACAAUUUCAGUUCGAAAGCCUGAGCCAACGAGUCAAGCCAGGGCCGCAGGUUUUAAUAAACCUGUGGUUAUGAAGUUUUUUGAUAAUUUGGGUAUGUUAAUGACGAAACACCAAUUCAAAGCACAUGAGCUAUGGAACUGUGACGAGACAAACGACCCGACUGUGAACCCGCCACCAAAGAUAAUUGCAACAAAAGGAACAAAGCAAGUGCAACAGACUGUGUCAGCGGAACGGGGUGUCAAUGUCACCAUGCUUGCCUUCAUCAAUGCUGGUGGGGGUUGGGUACCACCAGUAUUUGUUUUUCCGUGGAAAAAAGUUGCCCCAACCAUGUUUCAAAAUGGGCCUUUAGGUUGUAUCGGAUUACCUCACGAAUCUGGUUGGAUGACGGGACAGAACUUCUUCAAAUCUCUGCAACAUUUCCACUCUUUUGUCAAAUGCUCCAAAGAAAAACCAAUUUUAUUGAUUAUGGACAACCACAGUAGUCACCUGGACUUUCAAGCCGUCACAUUCGCCAAAGAAAACGGAAUUGUCAUGCUUACACUACCACCCCAUUGCUCUCAUGUUCUUCAGCCGCUCGACGUUACUUUGUUUGGGCCAUUUAAAAAAGCCAUUGGUUCAACUCAAAAUGAUUGGAUUAACAAAAACCCAGGAGGCAGAAUUUCAAUUAAAGAAAUAGCACAGCUAUCGCGUUAUCCAUUUGAAAGUUCUUUUACGCCUCAGAAGAUCAUAAAGGGAUUUGAAAUUACGGGUAUCUACCCAUACAACUGAUAUGCCAUUCCAGAGUUUCGCUACGCACCGUCAUUUGUUACUGACAGACCAGCCCCAAACACUGUCGUAGAAGUUCCCAUUCCAGCGUGUCAAUCAAUUGAGCAGAACACUCCUGAUUCUCAUACGUCAGAAACAUCUCGAAUCCCAGUGAUCUCUCCAGUGACCCAUGUCCAAAAUCUUAU